CAUGACGUAGUUCAAACCACGUGGUUUUGUUAUUGGAGGAAGUGAAAAUGGCCGCUCAGUCUUUUCUCUCGGAGUCGGCUCUUGGUUGGUCUAUUUUCACCUUUAUACUUUUGGUCAUCCUUGCUUUUUGCUGGGUCUACAUCCGCAAAUUUCAAAGUCGCCAGGAGAGUGAAGUUGUUUCAACCAUCACGGCAAUAUGCGCACUGGCUAUUGCUCUAAUAACUUCUGCACUUCUUCCCGUGGAUAUAUUCCUUGUCUCCUUCAUGAAGUACCCAAAUGGCACUUAUAAGGAAUGGGCUGUCAACAAUGAGACAAGAGCCCAGAUUGAAGAUACUGUCCUGUAUGGCUAUUACGCACUUUACUCCAUCAUCCUCGUGUGUGUGUUUCUAUGGAUUCCUUUCGUUUAUUUUUACUACGAAGAAAGAGAUGAUGACAACGUCAACAGAUGUUCGCAAGUCAAAAACGCCAUCAAGUACACAGUCGGAUUUGCCAUUGUCUGUGUGGUGCUGCUAUUAAUUGGAGCAUUUGUGCCACUCGAGGCUCCACCACAGCAGAAUGCCACGCAGUGGGAGAAAGUUCAAUACCUUUUUGAGGAGCUUGGAAGUGGUCAUGGCCUUCCUGCUCUGGCUUUCUCCAUCAGCUCCUUGACCUUGAUUGGGAUGCUGGCAGUGAUCACUUACACAGCAUACGGUAUGUCUGUACUGCCUUUGAAUCUCAUAAAAGGCACACGGAGUGUGGCGUAUGAACGCCUGGAAAACACAGAGGACAUUGAUGAUGUCGAGCAUCAGAUCGAGAAGCUGAGAUCCAAGUGUCAAGAUGGACGCCCGUUGUCAUCACGGGACAGACGCAAUCUGCAGGAACUCGAAGGAAAGUUGCAGGUCCUACAACGGAGAGGGAGGCACCUGGAAAUUGCAGAGAGGACCUGCUGCAACAAGAUGGGUGGUGCUCUCAGACCUUUCAAGAUUAUACUGGGCAUUUUCUUUAUCCUGGUGGCUCUGCUGUUCUCUGUUGCACUGUUCAUUUCAAAUCUGGAUAAAGCUCUUCACUCUGCUGGCAUGAGCUCUGGCUUUAUAAUCUUUGGCACCAAUCUAACCAAUCCUUUGAAUGAACUUCUAUUAGCCUUACAACCUGUAUUUCCAUUGGAUUACAUCCUGAUUACAGUCAUCACAAUGUAUUUUGUGCUUACAUCCAUGGCGGGUAUUCGCAACAUGGGCAUCUGGUUCUUUUGGAUAAGGCUGUACAAAAUCCGACCUAAAAGAACCCGUCCCCAGGCUCUCCUCUUCCUCUGCAUGAUUUUGCUUUUGAUUGUUCUCCAUACCAGCUACAUGAUCUACAGUCUUGCCCCUCAAUACGUCAUGUAUGGCAGCCAAAAAUAUCUCAUAGAGAGUCCUUCAACAGGCCUUACGUCAGGCAACACUUCAUUCAGCACUACCAGGAUCUGUGAUGCCAACGCGCCUGAGGACCAGUGCAUUGUGACCAGGUCGUAUCUUUUCCUCCACAAGUUUUGGUUCUUCAGUACCAUCUACUACUUUGGAAACUGGGCCUUUAUUGGGGCUUUCCUCAUCGGCCUGGUGGUGUCAUGCUGCCGAGGGAAGAAGUCUGUGAUUGAAGGCGAGGUGGAGGCCGACGACUCGGAUGUCAGCGAUGAUGAAUAUGUGCACUGAGGUGCAAUACGCAUGCACCCUCGGGGCAGCACCUCCAGCCAUUAAGGGGGCUACAAAGUACAAUUUGGCAAGGCAUUCAUUUGCUUCCAUUUUAUUUUGAUCGCUUUGAAAGAGGUCAGCUCCCAUACAACGUGACUGAUGAUGUUGGAAUUAGAAGAACGUCCCGCAAAGCCACACACACACAGACAACCGUAGAAAUUAAGGCAACGCUGACAUACUAAUUGUGCAUUUUACCUUUCCUGAAAUGCUUUCUCCACCAAACGUAUUCAACUAAAGACCCACAAUUUGAUUCCUUCCUUGAAAUAAAGGAAUGAUAAAGACAUGAAUUUCUCAAAACCAAAUGAAAAAAGCCAUUUGUCAAGAAAUGCUUUGUCUGACAUAAUUCAGCUCUUGACCAUUGGCCAUCCCCCCCAAAAAGAUGCCCAUUUUGGGUCCCAGCCCUCAGUUUGGAAAUCACUGCCCUCGACCCUGAAAAUGGCUGCCCAUCUGCUCUAAAAUUCCUUCAACUUGUGUGCUCGUUACUGUAUGAAAUUCACUUUUUUUUUGUCUCUGUCAUUGAAAUGAAAUGCUGUUUAUUGCUGAUAUUGACCUUUCCUGCUCGUGUCACCAAUUUCACUUAGAAGUCCUCAAAUGGCAAGUGGUACUGAACGCAUUCAAUCCGACUUUUUUCCACGUAGCGCUUUAUUUAAUGUCCUUGUGAAAAGGAUUCAAUGAUACUUUUGCUACCUGUAUUAUAAAGACAUGGGGAAGAAGAUGGCAAUUUUUUUAAGUGCUUGUGACAGACGCGCAAUUUUUUUUUUUGGGGGGGGGCUUUUUUAAUUAUCGUUGUAUUGUUUUUCAUUUUAAAGCAAGUGCAUGUUGCUGAUUUCAAGAUCAAUCCGCCAAUAAAUUGACACUAGGAAUAUGACUAUUCUUUUUCAAAUACGCACGAAUUCUGGUCUGAAGCUCAGCUAAGAUCAUUUAAGGCAUGUUUUCCUCCAUGAAUAGUCCAAGCUAUUCAUUGACGUGCUGGAAUUGACUGCUGUGAUAUGUGGUACCAAGUAACAUUAUAUGUCCACUAUUUAGUGGUACAUGGAUUUGACAAAAUAAAUUACUUCAAAUAUG